AAAAAUUAAAUAGUAUAAAUAAUCUGCUUCUUUAAAACUUUUAUCCCCUUAAAAUAGCUCAAGGUGGGGGUGAUGCUGCUGCUUCGGUGGUUUUUCUAGGGAACGCUGAGUCCAGGUUGGAGGGGAUGCGACAAAUCGCAACGCAGCGACCCCUCCAAGGUGGACUUUGCAUUUUUUGGGGUGCAAAAAUCCCCCCCCAAGGAGGUUUAAGCGAUGCCCCAGGCUGAGUUACACACCCCGGCCUGGGGGCUGCCAUGUCGUCGCACAAUAUAUAAAUAAUUUCCCUGUUUUGGGGGAAUAUGGGGAGCGAAACCAGCGGCCAGGGCGGCACCACCGGCUGUUUCAGCUGCUUCCCUGGCCCCAGCCCAAGCUCAAGUGCUUUUUGCCAGCAGGUUUUUGCUUUUUGCUUCCUUAAAGCUCAGCUCAAGCAGCAGCUUAGGGGAGUUUUUCUAUUCCUUAAAGCAUCCAAACUCACUGCAGCAUCCCUGCAUCCUCUCCUGUGGGCCCCGGGGUGGGAUUUUCCUUCUCCCUGCAGGGAUGGAUCCAAGUUUUCCUCCCGGCGGGUCGGGAUUUGUGAUUCUUGGCUCAUCGCCUGGGGUUUCUUUAUUUUGCACCGAAUGAGAGCGAUGCGAGCUGCAGCCUGCCCGGUCGCAGCUCCGCUUUGCUUCUCAGGGGAUGCACCCGCUCAGCGCUCGCUGCUUUGGGGCAAAAGGCGAAUAUUUGGGCACCCCCGUAGCAAAAUAACCCCCCAAAACAGCUCUGGAGUUUUGCAAGAUUUGUUGCAAUUGCAUUUUGCAGGGUUCACUGCGAUUUAAUAUCACCAGAUCUAGUGCAUAUUGCAGGGUUUAUCACCAUUAAUAUUGCAGGAUUUGUUGCAAUUGCAUUUUGCAGGAUUAGUGGCAUUUUGCAAGGUCUUUUUUUUGUCUUAAGGAUGAAUUGCAAUUGCAUUUUGCAGGGUUCUCUGCAAUUGAAUUUUGCACGUUGCAGGGUUUGUUGCAAUUGCAUUUUGUAGGGUUUGUUGAGUUUUGCAGGGUGGGUUGUUUUUCCAAUUGCACAUUGCAGGACUAGUUGUAUUUUGCAUGGUUCGCUAUUAUUUAAUAUCACCAGAUCAAGUGCACGUGGCAGGGUUUAUCACCACUAAUAUUGCAGGGUUCGUUGCGGUUCCACAUUGCGGCACGUGUUGCAUUUUGCAGCAUUUGAUGCAACCGAAUAUUGCAAAGUGUGGCACGUAUCACAGGCUUCGCUGCAAUUAAUGUUGUGGGAUUUGUCGCCAUUGCCUUUUGCAGGAUUUGUUGCCUCUGCCAGGAUUUGUCGUAAUCGCCUUUCGCAGGAUUUAUUGCAAUUGCCUCUUACAGGAUUUGUUGUGAUCACGUUUUGCGGGACUCGUUGCAUGUUGCAGGGUUUAUUGCAGCUGCACAUUGCGGGAUUUGGUGCGUUCCGAAGAACUGGUUGCAAGUGAAUACUGCAGGAUUCGUUGCAUUUUGCAGGUUGCGUUGCAUGUUGGAGGACUGGGUGCAAUUACAUAUUGCAGGAUUAAUUGCAUUUGGUAGGGCUUGUUGCAAUUGCAUAUUGCAGGACUUGUUGCAAUUGCACAGUGCAGCACUUGUAGUUAAUUUUGCAGGAUUAACUGCAUUUCGCAGGACUUUUUGCAAUUAAUUUUGCAGGAUUAAUUGCACAUCACACAGCUUUUUGCAAUUGCGUUUUGCGGAAUUAAUUGCACAUUGCAGGACUCACUGCAAUUGCACCUUGCAGAACUUUUGCAAUUUUGCAAUUGCAUUUUGCAGGAAUAUUUGCAUUUUGCAUGACUUGUUGCGGUUGCACAUUGCAGGAUUUCCUGCAUAUUGCAAGAUUUAAUGCCCACGGCAGGCUCUGCAUCCUCUGCAACCCCACACUAUAUUACUCCAGCUAUUCCCCCUAAAAAACCCUCUCACCGUGUUUUCCUCCUGCUUAGAUCAGCGCCCAAAGAUGCCGUCACCUUCAACGUGCAAGGCACGCCGGGCGUGAAAAUCUACGUGGUGCACGACACGCAGAGCGUCAAGUUGCCCUCCAGCGUGUCCCGCUGGCCCCUGGCCGCGGGUGCAGAGGUGCUGCUGGCCAUGGACACCAUCAGCAAGGACGUGGGGGACGAAAAGGUCAGGAUUUCAUAUUAUGGAGAGGCCGGCGGGGUGCCCGUGGGCAGAGCCAUGUUGUACCUCACCUGCGUGGAGAUCUCGCUGGACGCCGACACCACCCGUAGCGGCGCGGUGAGCAAGACGCUGCUGGAUAAGGCGACGUGGACAUGGGGUCCUGAUGGACACGGGGCCAUUCUGCUCGUGAACUGCGACCGUGACGACCCCAAAGCCGAGAUGCUGGAUAACCACGACACCGCUAUCCGCUCCUACGAUGACCUGAAGGACAUGUCACAGAUGGUCCUGCGCACCCGAGGUCCCCGCACCAUCUUCACUGGCCACCGCCUCGUCCUCCACGUGGACUUUGGUGACGCCGAUAAAGUCGGAGUUUUCUAUGGUGGCAACAGCGUCGCACUGGAGGAGUACAAACACGUGCUGGGGGGGUCGAAACUUGUCUACGCCGUCAAACCCAGCCGGCACCAGGAGGAGAGCAUCUUCUACGUGGAGGGACUCGCCUUCCCCGACCUCGACUUUUCGGGGCUGGUGUCUUUUCACGUCACGCUGCUGGAGAGCCCUGAGAAGGGUUUGCUGGAGACGCCAAUUUUCACCGACACGGUGGUUUUCCGCGUGGCUCCGUGGAUCAUGACGCCCAACACAGCAGCACCGCUGGAGGUUUUUGUCUGCAGCGUGGACAAUAACGAGGAUUUUGUGGCGGCCGUGGGUGCCCUGGCUGAGAAAGCCAAGUGCCCGCUCACCGUCUGCCCGCUGCCGGAGAAUCGCCAGGACCGCUGGAUCCAAGACGAGGUUGAAUUUGGCUACGUGCAAGCCCCCCACAAGACCUUCCCUGUCGUCUUCGACUCGCCCCGUGACCGCGGCCUGAAGGAUUUUCCCGUCAAGAGGAUCCUGGGCCCUGAUUUUGGCUAUGUGGCCCGGCAAGCACCAGAAGGUGCUUCCAGCCUCGAUUCCUUUGGGAAUUUGGAGGUGAGCCCCCCUGUGACGGUGCAAGGCAAGGAGUACCCCUUGGGCCGCAUCCUGAUUGGCAGCAGCUUCCCCAGAUUCGGUGGCCGGCGGAUGGCGAAAGCCGUCCGGGAUUUUCUGGUUGCCCAACGCGUGCAGGCUCCUGUGGAGCUGUUUUCCGACUGGCUCCGCGUCGGCCAUGUCGACGAGUUCCUCAGUUUCGUCCCUGCGCCCGAUCGGAAGGGUUUUCGGCUGCUCCUGGCCAGCCCCAGCGCCUGCUACCAGCUCCUCAAGGAGAAGCAAGAGGAGGGGUUCGGCGAGGCUGUGAUGUUCAAGGGGCUGGCGGGGGUGCCCAAGCCGACGAUAAGCGAGAUUCUGGCUAACGAAGCCCUCCGGAAAUUCAAUAAUUACGUCCAGAGCUGCAUCAGCUGGAACAGGGACAUCCUGAAGCGCGCGCUGGGCUUGGCCGAACCCGACAUCCUGGACCUCCCCCAGCUCUUCCGCGGCGACGCAGCCACCGGCGCCGACGCCUUCUUCCCCGACAUGGUGAACAUGCUGGUGCUGGGCAAACACCUGGGCAUCCCCAAACCCUUCGGCCCGGAGGUGGGUGGGCAGUGCUGCCUGGAGCAGCGGGUGCGGGAGCUGCUGGAGCCCCUGGGACUCACCUGCACCUUCAUCGACGACUAUUUCUCCUACCACCUCCUCUCCGGCGAGGUUCACUGCGGCACCAACGCCCGCCGGAAACCCUUCGCCUUCAAAUGGUGGCACAUGGUGCCCUGAGGUUCCUCCUCCUCCUCCCCAAAUCCCUCUCCCCAUCCCUGCAAGUGCCUUUGGUGGCAGCCGUCACGAUUCAAAUAAAAAUCAGGGCUGCCGCUUCCUCGCGGGAAAAGGUGUUUUUCACACUGGGUGAUACUUUGUGGUGCAUGGGUAUUGCUCUGAAAUUAGAAUUAAAAUGGGUAAAGAGGGUGGAAAAAGGUGCUGAGGGGGAUUAUAGAGUUCUCGGUCUUGCUGUAGUGAUGCAGGUGCAAAAAUGCAGGUGCAAAGAUACACAUGCGUGCCCAAAAGCACAUGCACGCCAAGGGGUGUGUGUGCAGAGAUACCCAUGUGCAAAAAGGGGGUGUGUGUGUGCGUAAAAAUGCAUGCAGAAAAAUAGACGUGUGCACAAAACCACACGUAUGCGUGAAAAUACAGGUGCAUGCGUGCACAGAAAUGCGUGCAAAAAUUACACGUGCGUGUUAAACGCAUGCAGAAAAACAAGACUGUGUGUGGCUAAAUGCAGGCGCUGGAACAUAACCCACACGUGGCUGCGCAAAACGCACGCGCAGACACACGCAUGCGUGCACACAACGCUGUGCGCGCGUGCAAAAAUGCACACGUGCACGCACAAUUGCUGCGUGCUUUGCAAAAACGCACGUGCGCACACAAAAACGCGCAUGUACGUGCAUUAAAAUACAGAGAAAUGUACGCGCUGCCCUGUUUUUGCACCCUGCCUGCGGAAUAUUAAGGGGAAAUAUUUGGGGUGGGAGGGGAAUAUUUGGGGAUGGAAGAUGCUGUUGGCUGCAGGAUGGUGCCCUCUAAUGGCUGUGGGUUUGGGGAUGCGGGAUGUGCCUUUGCUUAAAUUAAUACAAUUUAAAUUAAAAAAUUAAAAGACCCCACACAAUAGGGAGGGAUCAGUUUGGUUGAAUGAAUUAAAUAUCAAUUUAAAAAGGAAUUAAAAAGAAUAGGGAGGGCUGAAAUUAAAUGUCAGUAAUUUAAACCGAAUAGGGAGGGACGAGGCGAGCGGAACGCGGGGUGUACACAAUGACGUCGUUUAUUUAAACAAUUUACUCCGAGAAAUAUAAAAAGAACCAUGAAGACAAUUACAGCACUAACCCAGGACCCUCUCGGCUACAGGACGAGUCGUUCCCAAAUCCUCGCGGUUCGGGAUUUCUUCCUGAAGGUUAAUCAGGCUAAAAAGGUUUUGCUGGCAGGUAGGAUGAAGCAAAAUGAUGCUUUUUUGGGGGGUAAAAAUGCGGUUUUGGUGAUUUCUCCACCCCGUGUUUCAUCGAGGCUGCAGCAUCCGCUUGUGCCGCAACCUCCAAAAUACUUAAUAUUGCUAAAAAAGCGGAAUAUUUGGACUUUUCCACCCAGCUGCUCUCCCUGCCCUGGAUAUUUGAUCUCUAACACACCCCCAAAAAUAGCUGAAAAUAACCCCCCAGCCCCAAAACAAAUGAGAAAUAAAAACCCCAAAACAACCUUUUUUUGUACUGCAAAAACUCCCCGAGCGGGAGCGAAUGCCCCCGAGGAGCCAGCGCCACCCACCGGGGAGGCCGGAAAGGGCUUAAAACCCAGAUUUAAUUGAAAU